GAAAGACAGAAAAAGGGGCGAAGUGAGCUACGCUAAGAGAUGAGCAACAACAGUAAUAAGAGAGCUCCAACAACUGCCACUCAGAGGUUAAAACAGGAUUACCUAAGGAUCAAGAAAGACCCAGUGCCUUACAUUUGUGCAGAACCCCUUCCUUCAAAUAUUCUUGAAUGGCACUAUGUGGUGCGAGGACCUGAGAUGACACCAUAUGAAGGUGGUUAUUACCAUGGCAAACUUGUUUUUCCAAGAGAAUUCCCUUUUAAACCUCCUAGUAUCUAUAUGAUCACUCCAAAUGGACGAUUUAAAUGUAAUACCCGUCUCUGCCUUUCGAUCACAGACUUCCAUCCUGACACAUGGAAUCCAGCGUGGUCAGUGUCCACAAUUCUAACUGGGCUUCUUAGCUUUAUGGUGGAAAAAGGUCCCACGCUGGGGAGCAUAGAAACAUCAGACUUUACAAAACGACAGCUAGCAGCACAAAGUUUAACAUUCAACUUAAAAGAUAAAGUAUUCUGUGAACUGUUCCCAGAAGUUGUAGAGGAAAUCAAACAAAAACAGCGUGCGCAAGAAGAGCUAAGCAACAGGCCGCAAACACUUCCUCUCCCAGAUGUUGUACCAGAAACAGAAGCACACAUUGGUCAAAAUGGGGCAGCACUUCUGAAUGGCCAUGUUCCAUUGGCAGCAGCAAAUCAUCCAGGCCUUCAGCAGCCAAACCGUAACCAUGGACUAUUAGGAGGUGCACUGGCUAAUGUAUUCGUAAUAGUUGGGUUUGCAGCCUUUGCCUACACAGUCAAGUAUGUACUGAGAAGCAUAGCCCAGGAGUGAAGGCCUUGUCAGAAGUGCAAAAAACAGAAUCAGAGACCAAACAAGCACUCGCCAGAGAACAUGGACAGAUUUGUGCGGUUGGACUCCCACACCACCUCUCGGGCUCUCGGGUCAUUGCUAUUUGUGCUACUGUUGUACAGGUGAUAUAUCAGUUGGCUCAUGGGUUUAUUAUCAUUUUUUUUUUUUUUUUUUUUUUUUAGAACGAGAAGAGUGGUUGCGUGUUUUCUGUGGAAGCAAACAUAAUAAGAGAACCCGUUGUAUGUUCACUGAAGUCUGGUUGCUAAGUCCAUAAUCACCAGAUAUCUUCAUUUCUACCAUCUAUUUAGUACAAAAAUCUUAGUACAAGCAAAUCUGUUACUUUUUUUUCUUUUUUUUUUUAAAAAAAAGCCCUUUUUAUUACUUUGUAAUGCUGCACACAAUAUGCAGAGGCAGCUGCACUCUAUCCAGCACCUUUCUGAAAUGAUACCAACAUCUGUGGCCAAACUUUUUAUACCCACUGUUUAUCUACAACACUGUGCACUUACAGGCUCCAGAACAUUUGUCCUAUUUGGAUAUCCCUCAGCCAGCGAUUAGAUCCUUGUUGAAAAAAGAUUGCAUUUUUAAUUGUAAUAUAUAGAUAGAACAGUGAGGCAUUUUUUUUUUAAAGAUGAACCCUGUAUUAAUAAUAUUUGGAUUAAUUUAUCUUGUAAUAAAAAGGAUAUUGCCCUCCUAAAUGGUUUAGAGAAUCCCAAGAAAUCGUUUAACAUGUUCUAGCAACAAAUAUCAGAUUACAUAUGCAGAAAGCAAUUCUUAAUGCUAUCCUACAAUAUACUGGAGGCCAGUUAUGAUUAGCAGAAGACAAUGCUGUGGUCCUGUGUGUAGGAUAGAGCUGAAAAUAUGUUGACAAAUAUACAAUUUCAUCAUAUUGAUGUUUAGCACGUCAGCAUUUUUGCUGCCGUCUGUUUGCAAAGAAUGUUUCACACCAAAACAAACAGACCUCUGGGUCAGUCAUAGAUUAUACCCAAAUCUGUGUAUCUAUCUAUGUAGAAUAAACAAUUUGCAAACCCUUCCAAAA